AUGGGAGCUCACUGCGCAGAAUUGCCGUCUGCUGCUUCCAGGCGCUUCACGCAUCGGCGGCGCGGAGCGCUCCCUACUUCCUAUGCUCACACGAUCCUGGCAGCUAAGCUCAUCUUAAGCAGUCUCUGUCGACAGGCAGUAAUUCAUAACACCAUGGAGAGCAUGCACGCUCUCCUUUUAACUGCUGCUGUUUGCUUUCUCUGUCAAGGUUGCCACAGCUCUGAGGUUGAGCAUCGGCUCUACGCGGCCCUCUUCAAGGGCUACAACCAAUUUGUCCGUCCCGUGAAGAACGCCUCGGACCCUGUCAUCGUCCACUUCGAGGUGUCCAUGUCCCAGCUGGUAAAGGUGGAUGAAGUCAACCAGAUAAUGGAAACCAACUUGUGGCUGAAGCACAUCUGGAAUGAUUACAAGCUUCAGUGGAACCCAGCAGACUAUGGAGGUGCUGAAUUCAUUCGAGUACCAUCUGGCCAUAUCUGGAGACCAGAUAUUGUUUUAUACAACAAUGCAGUUGGGUAUUUCCAGGUUGAUGACAAGACAAAGGCUCUGCUAAAACACACGGGUGAUGUGACCUGGAUACCUCCAGCUAUAUUUAAAAGCUCAUGUAAAAUAGAUGUAACCUACUUCCCAUUUGACUACCAGAACUGCACCAUGAAGUUCGGUUCCUGGUCUUACGAUAAAGCUGAAAUUGACUUAGUUUUAAUUGGCUCUACAAUGAACCUGAAAGACUACUGGGAGAGUGGAGAAUGGGCCAUUAUUAAAGCUCCUGGGUAUAAACAUGACAUCAAAUACAACUGCUGUGAAGAGAUCUAUACAGACAUCACAUACUCUCUUUACAUUAGGCGUUUGCCUUUAUUUUACACCAUCAAUAUGAUUAUUCCAUGUUUGUUGAUUUCUUUUCUGACUGUAUUAGUUUUUUAUUUGCCUUCAGACUGUGGUGAGAAGGUAACACUCUGCAUAUCAGUCCUUCUAUCUUUAACAGUGUUCCUUCUUGUAAUUACAGAAACCAUACCUUCUACUUCCCUGGUAAUUCCACUUAUUGGGGAAUACCUCCUUUUCACCAUGAUAUUUGUCACUCUAUCUAUUGUCAUUACGGUAUUUGUCCUUAACGUGCACUACAGAACACCCAAGACACACACGAUGCCAGUGUGGGUAAGAACCAUCUUCUUGAACUUACUUCCCAAGAUCAUGUUUAUGACAAGGCCUGCCAGUGAUGAAGAGAAUAAUCAGAAGCCAAAACCAUUUUUCACUUCUGAGUUUUCAAACCUAAAUUGCUUCAACAGUUCUGAAACCAAAUGCUGCAAAGAUGGCUUUGUAUGUCAAGAUAUGGCAUGCAGCUGUUGCCAGUACCAACGGAUGAAAUUCUCAGAUUUCAGUGGCAACCUCACAAGAAGUUCAAGCUCUGAGUCUGUAGAUCCUCUGUUUUCGUUUUCAGUUCUGUCACCAGAAAUGAGAGAUGCUAUUGACAGUGUUAAAUAUAUUGCAGAAAAUAUGAAAAUGCAGAACGAAGCAAAAGAGAUUCAGGAUGACUGGAAAUACGUUGCCAUGGUAAUUGAUCGCAUUUUUCUAUGGGUUUUCAUCUUGGUAUGUAUUCUAGGAACAGCAGGAUUGUUUUUACAGCCUUUGAUGGCUGGAGAUGAAAUGUAAAGACUAAAAAGUACAUUGCGUCAAAUAAAACUUCUGCCAAGCAACUCUGCCCCCCCAUCUCAGCACCUGCUCUCUUCUAUGUGCAGUAGAAUAAGGAUCUCUCUUGGCCUCAACUUUGUCUGAUCAAUGUUUUGUUAAAAAUGUGAAAAACAGCUGAUCUCAAAGUACUGUGAGUUAUGCUUGACAGCUACCUUUUGCAGUAACAGGAGAAGAUGCAGGUUGUACAUUAUACUUUAUAGAAAUGGUUGAAGAAAGGGUUGAUAAAGAAACUGAAAAUUGCAUAAAUAUUUAUAAAGUCAAGUUGAAUACUAUGGGCUAAUAGUUUUGUUUCACCGGGUCUGGUGCCAAGUCUUCAGACUGUGACAGGAUCUUCUGGGAGUAAGUUCAUGCUAAGUUCAGUGAAUGCCCUAAAAUGGUUUAGGAAGCACACAUACCACGUUGCUGGAAUGCAGACAUUGCCACCUGGUGUAUAAACUGUAUCAAACAGUGGGAGGAAUGGACUAUGGGCAAAUGUAUUACAAAAAGAAAACAAGUAAAUAACAUAUGAUGGUAAUAAAGUAGCCGUAAUGUAAAGUCUGUGUAUCCCCAUAUUUCAUUGGAUGAGAAGACUGUCAGAAAAGAACAAGCUGUUCAAACCUAAUAAUGUUUAAAACUGUGUACAAGUAAAACACAUUAAGAAACAGUCUGCAGGUUACACAAAGGAUCAAAAUACUUUGACAGGAUAGUUCAGAUACAGAAGCAUCCUGUUGUAGUGAAAUGUUUUAUGACAUGAGGAGGUAGCUAGAUACAAAAUAGUCCUGUAAAGUAUGCUAAAAUUGCUUCAUAGGCUUACUUUUUUUAAAAUCAGUAACUGCAGAUAAUUGAAGAGCAUGUUUAAAGAAUGCAAUGAAAUACUGCAAUGACCUUUUUUUCCUGUAAAAAGAUAAACUGUUUUCCUGUACCAAACUGGAAAAUUUUUGAAAAUACAGUGUAUUAAGUGAUGUAACAUUUAUGAAAAUAAA